AUGUCGGCACUCUCAGAAGAGAUCAAUAAUACUCUGAUCAAUGUGCUACGUGGAUUUGCGUCGCCUGAUAAUGAAGUGCGUGCGGCUGCUGAGAGUAGUUUAAAUCAAGAUUGGAUUACUCCUGAAAAUAUUGAAGUUUUGCUGAUUUUUCUAUCCGAGCAAGCUUCAUUUUCUCAAGACUUAACGUCCGCUGCUUUAUCGGCAGUCCUUUUCAGAAAACUAGCCCUGAGGGCGCCUCCGUCUUCCAAAACUGUUAUAAUAGCGAAGAACAUUACGCAUAUAAGUGGGAACGCUCUUGCCCAAAUUCGUGCUACAUUGCUCAAAGGGUUUAUUUCGGAAAGACCCAGCAAUAUUAGACAUAAACUAUCAGAUGCAAUUGCAGAAUGUGCGCAAGACGAUUUACCUGAUUGGAACGAACUUUUACAAACUUUAGUGGAGGCUCUAAAGAAUCAAGAUCCAAAUUUUAGAGAAUCGAGUUUUAGAAUUUUAUCCACAGUACCACAUCUUACAAAUGCAGUGGAUAUUAGUAAUAUCAUUCCAAUAUUUGAAGCAGGAUUCACAGAUUCGAAUGAUGAUGUGAAAAUAGCGGCAGUUACAGCAUUCGUUGGCUACUUUAAACAAUUAUCAAAAUCACAUUGGUCAAAAUUAGGUGUUUUAUUACCAAGUUUGCUCAAUAGUUUACCUAAAUUUCUCGAUGAUGGUAAAGAUGAAGCUUUGGCUGCAGUUUUCGAAUCACUCAUUGAAUUGGUGGAACUGGCACCAAAACUUUUCAAGGACAUGUUCGAUCAAAUUUUGCAAUUUAUUGACAUUUUAAUAAAAAAUAAAGAUUUGGAAACCCCUGCGAGAACUACAGCACUAGAAUUGUUGACUGUUUUCAGUGAAAACUCCCCAUUGAUGUGUAAAUCAAAUCAAAAUUAUGCACAAUCCGUCAUAGCAGACACUUUGUUGAUGAUGACCGAAGUCUCUAUAGAUGAUGACGAAGCUUCUGGUUGGAGAGAAUCCGACGAUGCGGAAGAAGAUGAAGAGGAAGUCGCAUAUGAUCAUGCCCGUCAAUCUCUCGAUCGCGUAUCCUUAAAACUAGGUGGUAAAUAUCUAGCAGUUCCCUUGUUUCAAUAUUUGCAAGAAAUGAUAAAUUCUAAUGAGUGGAGAGAGAGAUUUGCAGCAUUAAUGGCACUUUCGUCUGCUGCAGAAGGAUGUCGUGAUGUAUUAGUUGGAGAGAUUCCUAAAAUCUUGGACAUGGUUUUACCACUAAUUAAUGAUCCACAUGCAAGAGUUCAAUAUGGUUGUUGUAAUAUAUUGGGUCAGAUAUCAACAGAUUUUGCUCCAUUAAUUCAAAGAACCUCGCAUAAUAGAAUUCUCCCUGCAUUGAUCUCAAAGUUAACACCAAACUCCAUUGAUAGAGUUCAGACGCAUGCAGCUGCGGCGCUCGUUAAUUUUUCAGAACAUGCGAAUCAUGCUAUCUUGGAGCCUUAUUUGGAUGACUUAUUGACUAACUUAUUAACACUACUUCAAAGCAAUCAUCUUUAUGUGCAAGAACAAGCUUUAACAACGAUUGCAUUUAUUGCUGAAGCAGCUGAGAAAAAGUUCAUAAAAUACUAUGAUACUUUGAUGCCUCUAUUGUUGAACGUCUUGAAACUUGAUGUUGAUGGUUCAAAUCGAGUUUUGAAGGGUAAAUGUAUCGAAUGUGCUACUUUGAUUGCCUUGGCUGUCGGUAAAGAGAAAUUUUCAGAGCAUUCGCAAGAAUUAGUCAACUUGUUGAUGAUUUAUCAAAAUAAUGGUAUUCAAGAGGAUGAUCCAAUCAAAACGUACUUGGAGCACGGUUGGAGUAGAAUUUGUAGGAUUUUAAGAGAAGAUUUUCUGCCGCUGUUGCAAAUAGUCCUUCCGCCAUUGUUAGAAACGGCGAAGGCAACUCAAGAUGUCAGUUUGAUCGAGGAAGAAGAGGCUGCUAAUUUUCAGCAAUAUGUUGAUUGGGACGUCGUUCAGAUACAAGGUAAGCACAUUGCUAUUCACACAUCUAUAUUAGACGAUAAAGUGUCAGCGAUGGAGCUAUUACAAGUCUACAGCAGUGUUUUAAAAAAUUUAUUUGCGAGAUACGUGAGUGAAAUAAUGAACGAUGUUGCAAUUCCUUCCAUUGAUUUUUACUUGCAUGAUGGUGUUCGUGCGACAGGUGCUGGCCUGAUUCCGGUUUUACUCUCCUGUCUUAUCGCCUCUGAAGGGACACAGAACGAGGAAGUUCAAAAUCUAUGGCAAACAUCGUCCGCUAAACUGAUCGCUGGUAUCAUGUCGGAGCCAAUGCCCGAAAUAACUCAAAUAUAUCAUACUUCUCUUGUGGACGUCAUUGCAGCAAUGGAGAAUCAUUGUCUCAACGAUGAAUUACAAGCUAGAUUUACUAAAGGUGUUUCAGCAAACUUGACUGAUGUUUUUGAACGAGUGAAGCAACGUCAUGGCGAAGACGAUGAGUACAACGAGGAUAUAGACCAGGAAUUCGAAGAUUUUACAGAUGAAGACUUAUUGGACGAAAUAAAUAAAUCACUCGCAGCUUUUUUCAAAUCGACCAACGGAGCAUAUCUGACUCAUUUUCAAACUUUAUGGCCACUCGUUUCCACUUUUUUACAAGAUAACGAAGUGAUUCUAAUUUUAUUUGCUUUGGUGGCGAUCGCAGAUAUGGUUCACUAUAGUGGAGAGCAGUCUGCACCAUUCAAAGACCUUUGUAUGAGCAAAGUCACAUCCUUUUUGGUUUCACCAGAGUCAAGUAUUCGUCAAGCAGCAGCAUACGCAAUAGGUAUCUGUGCUCAAUAUGCACCAGCCUCCUAUGCCGAUAUUUGUGUUGCAUCCUUGGAACCUCUAUUUCAAGUUGUCAAUAUACCAGAUGCAAAAUCAGAUGAGAAUCAAACUGCCACUGAAAACUCAAGUGCGGCGAUAGCCAAGAUUCUUCAUUCCUUUAAUACUAUUCCAAAUUUGGAUACCUACAUCGCAAAUUGGCUACAAACAUUGCCGAUAACCGUCGAUGAAGAAGCUGCUGCCUUCACAUACAGGUAUUUGAGCCAUAUGAUAGAUUCAAACUCUGGCAUUGUCUCAGAUCCCUCUAAUAUUCCAGUCAUACUCGACUAUGUGGUGCAGGCACUUCAUCAUAAAUCCAUUUCAGGAAAAAAUGCAGAAGCAGUUGUUCAGUCAACUAAACGACUCUUGAGUACUCUGUCUCAACAGGAUGCGAUGGCCCUACUACAAAGGUAUCCUCAAGAGUUCAUGCCUGCAAUCCAACUAUGGUUUUCCUGA